AUGUCUAAAGUUGAUAUAGAUUACGUCGUGCCUCCUCCGGAUGAGGAGGAAGAAUUGUUGGCAAAGAUUGUGUUUGGUGACUCCUCCGAUUUCCAAGAGAAUCUAUCCAAUUUUUCUGCUGAUUUUCUUUUAGGUGAGAGAGAAGAUGAACUAGAUAGUAUGGCUGCAGAUGCAUUAGCCAGUGAUGAUAACACAAGCGAUGAGGAUGAAGAAACUGGAAUUGAACAUGUCAAUGACGAUCAAUUAUUCUUCAUGGACGAUGGUGAAAAUGACGAUUCCAAGAUGGAUGUUGAUGAAGAAGAUGGGAGUGACAUUGUGUCAUCUGAUGAAGACAUGUCGGAAGAUGACGAUAGCGAUGUAUGGGAAGAUUCGGAUGAUGAGAGACUGAAUGUUUCAGUAAUGGGUAAUAACAGAUCCAAGAAAUUAAGAAAUACAUACAAUGAUAGUGUGUUGUCAGGGAAGCAAUAUGUUCGUAGAUUGAGAGCUCAAUUUGAAAAAAUAUACCCAAAGCCCCAAUGGGUCGAUGAUGAGGAUUCUGAUUUAGAGGGCCAUGGAGAUGGUAUGUCCGAUGAUGAGAACAGUGAUGACAGAGAAGAAGUCAUUAAUGCCGAUAUACAUGCUUUAUCAAAAAUCUUACAGAGUACUUAUUCUUACAAGGAUACCACUCAAUCAAAGUUAUUACCUGCAAAAUCUUUGGAUAUCCUAAGAUUGAAAGACGCCAAUAUGGCUCACCCAGCUCAAUCAGCUAUACAAUCAUUAUCAUUCCACCCAACCAAACCUUUAUUGUUAACUGGUGGUUAUGAUAAGACUCUAAGAAUCUAUCAUAUUGAUGGGAAGCAUAAUCAUUUAGUUACUAGUUUACAUUUGAAAAGCACACCAAUCCAAACUUGUACUUUUUAUGUUACACCACAACAGAUAUCUAAGAAGAAACAACACUUACUCCAAGAACAAAGAAUCUUUACUGGUGGUAGAAGACGUUAUAUGCACUCUUGGGAUCUAUCAUCUUCUAUUAUAAAUUCAAACAAUAAUGGUGCUGUUGCUAAAGUUGAGAAAAUCUCAAGAUUAUAUGGUCAUGAAGCUACACAAAGAUCUUUUGAGAAAUUUAAACUUGCUCAUUAUUACAACACAAAGAAACAUGAAACACACGGGAUCGUUCUAUUACAAGGUAAUAAUGGUUGGGUGAAUGUUCUGAAUGCCAGUUCAGGUGUCUGGAUGAUGGGAUGUAAGAUUGAGGGAACUAUAGUGGAUUUCUGUAUAGAUUACAAACCUUUGCCAAACAAUACAUUCCGUACAAUUCUAAUAGCUACCAACACUUAUGGUGAAAUUUGGGAAUUCGAUUUAACUAAUAAUGGGUCAGUCCUAAAAAGGUGGAAGGAUGAAAGUGGUGUUGGUGUCACGUGUAUCCAAGUUGGUGGUGGUACAAAUUCUGCUCACCUAAAUGGUUCAGGACUAUCACACCAAACCGUUACAUCAAACAGGUGGUUAGCCAUUGGUUCUAGUAGUGGGUUUGUAAAUAUUUAUGAAAGAAGAAAUAGUGAUGACUCUGAAGCAGCUCCUACCCUAGUGGGUACAAUGGAUCAAUUGACAACAUCCAUAUCUUUCUUACAAUUUUCUCCAGAUGGUCAAAUACUAUGUAUGGCCUCUAGAGCUGUUAAAGACGCUUUAAGAUUGGUCCAUCUUCCAUCAUGCACAGUCUUUUCCAACUGGCCAACUAGUGGUACCCCUCUAGGUAAGGUGACAAGUGCCACAUUUUCUCCUCGUGGUGAAAUGUUAGCUGUUGGUACUGAACAAGGUAAGGUUAGAUUAUGGAGAUUGAAUCAUUACUGA